AUGGCACAAAACCAAAACAACAAAAACUCUGAAGGUGUGUGUGAAAAAAUCUACAAUGCAGUUUCUGGUGGUCGAAAACUUCACCUCAUUUCGCAUCAUGCUCAUGCUCAGGGUUCAGCACCUAGAGAUAAUCCCAGGAAACCAAGCCACAGAAUGAUUCCUAUUGAAUUUGAACCUUCCAUUAGGCCAUCUCCAAUGAGUCAGAAAGAAAAUAUACAAACAACUACAAAAAAUGAUGGAAAAGAUGACGGUACUAAACGUGUUUCUGAGAUUUCUGUACAAGAAACAGCGAUCAAUGAAGAAUGCCAUCACCUAAAGGGAAAAAUGGAAGGCAAAACUCAAGGCCAAGUUGAGAAAGUUCCUUCAACGAGAGAUAAACUGCCCAGUCGUGCUUCAAUGGAGGGAAAAACAAAGUUGAAGGCGAGGAUGGCUUCAAUGGCGAAGACUAAGUUCUCAGAUGAAUAUAAGAAGAUUGAACCCAAAAAGACGAAUGAUAAGUUCUCAGAUUAUAUUGAUAGUGUAAAAAAUAAAAUGAGGACUGUGUCAACUGUUGUUGGUGGUGGUAGUGGCAGUGGAAGUGGUGGUGCUGGGGUUGGGGUUGGAAGGACUGCUACAAGAAGAGAUAGCUUCAACAAUAAGGUCUCAAGUUAUAUAAAGAAGACAAAGAUGAAGAUCCGAACGACGGCAAAUUUUGAUGGAAAGAGCAGCACAUUCAAGUAA